AUGUUAAUUAAAUUUCAAAAUUAUUUAAUUAAUUCCUUCCUCAAAAUGAACAACAAAAAUAGUGUUAAUAUUUUAAAUAAAUUAUCUACAAAGCCAAUUUCUUUUGCUCAAACUAAUGAAGUUGGUCUUUUUCAAUUGCCAGUUACUUUAAAUACUGAUAAAGGGAAGGUGACGAUUAAUGCUGUUUAUCAGGAUACACACCCCGAUGGUUCUUCUUAUAAAGGACAAACAGUUAUAAUGCUCCAUGGAUCACCUGGUUCUCACAACGAUUUUAAAUAUAUUGUGCCUCUGUUAAGUCCGAAAGGAGUGCGUUCUAUUGUAAUUAAUUGGCCUGGUAUGGGUUAUAGUGAAUAUGAUGACAAUUUAAAAAAUGAUAAUUUGGAAAGAACAGAAUAUGUCCAAUCAAUAAUUAAUUUUUUAAAAUUACAAAAACCUUUAAUAUUUUUUGGUCAUUCUAGAGGGGUAGAAAAUGCUUUUAGAUUAGCUGAGAGAAAUGAGGAAAAAACAGUCGGAAUUAUUGCUGCUAAUUUUGUUGGAGUACAGCCACAUAUUGGGGUCCGCCCUUUUUUCGCAAUUAAAUUUCUUUCUGCUUUAUGGGAAUAUGCUGGAUGGUUGAGGCUUCAAUCUGUGCUUGAACCGAUUUAUAAAGCUAUUUACAAAUGGGUUGGAUUUAAAGUCUCAGAUGGUUCCAUUGCUGCCCAUAGCCUCAAAACAAUGACAGCAACCGAUUUCGAUAUUCAAUUGAGAUAUUUAUUUCCGUUAGUAAUGAAUCAAAAAAUUAGAAUAUUAUUUGCCUAUUCUGGAGAUGAUAAUAUGAUAGAGCCUGAAAGAAGUGAAGAAUUGUUGGAUAAUAUUGGAUUGAAAGAAGAAUGUCGAUUGGUAUAUUUGUUGUAAUAUAUUUUUUAAUUGAGUCCAAUAUGAAAAGAUUCCAACGAUUAUAAUAAAAGUAUUUAAAAAUGAAAGGAAGUUGUAUGGUUAAGUGG